AGGAAUACACGGCUGGGCGAGACAGCUGUCGGGUGCGGCCAUAUUGUGCGAAGGUUCUUGUGCUGUGCCAAAAACUUCCCUAUAUCCCCAUUUAUCGGCGUCAUCAGCGCGUUUCCACCAUGACGGAGAGAGAGGAUAAUGUGUACAGGGCCAAGCUCGCCGAACAAGCAGAGAGAUAUGACGAAAUGGUGGAAGCCAUGAAGAUGGUGGCGUCAAUGGACGUGGAGCUAACAGUAGAGGAGCGAAACCUCUUAUCUGUCGCAUACAAGAACGUCAUCGGCGCACGACGAGCCUCAUGGCGGAUCAUCUCGUCUAUUGAGCAGAAAGAAGAGAACAAGGGCGGUGAGGAGAAGUUGGAGAUGAUCAGGAAUUACAGGACACAGGUGGAAAAAGAGUUAAAGGAUAUUUGCUCCGACAUCUUGGGUCUCUUGGACAAACACCUCAUCCCCACCGCUUCUGCUGGAGAGAGCCGUGUGUUCUUCUACAAGAUGAAGGGUGACUACCACAGGUAUCUGGCCGAGUUUGCCACGAGUAACGACAGGAAGGCAGCCGCUGAGAACUCCCUCGUGGCGUACAAGGCUGCCAGCGAUAUUGCCAUGACAGAGCUGCCCCCCACACAUCCCAUCAGGUUGGGUCUGGCCCUCAACUUCUCCGUUUUCUACUACGAGAUUUUGAACAGUCCGGAACGAGCAUGCCGUCUGGCGAAGGCUGCGUUUGAUGAUGCAAUUGCAGAGUUGGACACAUUAUCAGAGGAAAGCUACAAGGACUCUACUCUUAUUAUGCAGCUGUUACGAGACAACCUCACGUUAUGGACCUCAGAUAUGCAGGGAGAAAGUGGAGAUGGAGAGCAGAGAGAGAAAGAACAGGUGCAGGAUGUGGAGGACCAGGAUGUAAGCUAAUGUGGUAGUGGCGGCGGUGGCCCCUUCACCUCUCCACCACCACCAUCACCACCACCUCCUCUUACUCCUCCUCUACCACCACCACCACCACCACCACCCCUUCCCACAGUGGAGCUCCAAUACCAACACCUCUCUCCAACACUGCCAAAGAUGUCUACAUCACCUACACCAUUUUGCAAUGGAGAGAAGAUGACUCGAGUGCUUUCCGAAGAAGUGCUUGUAGAAACGCAGUUACGGGGAAAGGGAUGGGUUUUCUGUGUACAUUCAUUAGUUCUGAUAACUUAUGCCUAUGGUUGCUGCUCACCAGUGAGAUAUCUCCUGUAAAUUUAGCAUGCUUUAACUUAACAUGGUAACCAGUUGUAUAUUUAGAUGUAUUUGCUGUGUCAAGGAUUAAAUCUCAUCCAGAGUAUGGUGUGGACAUUUUGGUUGGUUGCAUUCCCUGUGCAAAGUGAAUUUGUUAACUGCUGGAGCUCUGCUGUGAUGACGGGAAAGGACUUGGCACCAUCAUUCCAAUCCUUCGUCCUAAGUUCGGCAUUUUCAUCACACUCUUUGUGUUUGAAAAGAUCCAUUGCAUCAUUUGUUGUGUAUUUAUUAUUGAUAUUGGUACGUGAUAAGAAAUUUAAAUAUUAGGUAGGUUAAUUCUUUUUUAAUACUAUGAUUUCCUUGUAUAUUUUCAUGGGGUCUUAAAUUAAGACCAUUUUUCCGUUAAUCCCUCUUUGGUGUUCGGUGUCUCAAGUGGGCGUUUAUGUUCCCCAGCUCAAUGUUGACUUACGGCCCGGGGUGAGCGAGUUGGGCGACCAAGAUCCAGCUUAACCAGCCUUUCCCCGCCCCGACCCCCAAAAUGCCCACCCGGGUUGGGGUUGCAUAUCCUCAAUAUAAUCCUGAGGCCAGCAUUUCCUCUCUAGCAUUGGGUCAUUUACAUUAUCUUGACAUUUUUUGUACCAUGCAAUCUCUCUUCCCUACCGUGUGAAUGAGCUAAAGCGCGUCUUGGCACUUAUUUUCUCGCUUGGGGAAUUAGCACAGUUAAGUUGAUGGAAUCUUCUUUUGAUCGUUUGUCUGUCUGUCCAAGUUGUCUUGUUGUUCUAACCGUUUAUAUAUCAUUGCUGAACAUGUUCAUUAGAAAGAAGUUUGUGGCCUAUUUGGUAGGGUGUUUACGGACGUCCAGCGUGCCCGAGACGAUCCGGACGGAGACGUUAAGAGUUUUUCGGGCAGCCGGGCAAAGAGGGGCUCGGGGCGUUGAUCGCGUGGACUAGUAGGUAAACUUCACUUUAAGGCUUGGAGCUGUACAGUACGUAGAGCAUCCCUAGAUCAGCGGUCUUGCCCCGGACUUCUUAGUCUCCCCUAACUUCUGAGUCACAUCAUUUAGUGUUUACUGAGUAGAGUUUGCGCUUCAGUACACUCGUGCUUUUCCCCAGCUGUGUGUGAUUGAGGUCACAAAAAUUGACUGUUCAGUACAGUAACGAGCCUUUUCUAGACCAUUAUAAAAGGUCCCAUUACUUGACCGGAGCCCCCUCGUGGGUUCAAGUAACUAGACAGGAGCCUAAAUGAACUGGAACAGGCAAGUUGAGUGUUAGAGUAAUAGUGUUCCACUGCUGCUGGUGCAGAGAAAGCAUCAUCAAAGUAAGCCGAGUCAUUGAUCAGAGCAGAGUGAACGUUUUUAAUCUCGUAAUGAAUAUCACCGCCGAUCAGUCUUGUCUAUUGAGAAUCCAGCCGGCCUAUAGCUUUAGUUCCAUCUUUUACCUCAAUAUUUUGUUGAUCGCUUGGUGCUGCCUGUCGUUGCAAAACAAAACUUCCCCCUUGUUGCAGCUAAGGGCAUUUGAAUAAGAGCCACUUGUUUGAUGUAAUGUUAUUCCUUUUGGGAUAGGCACACAGGUCACUUUCAGAGUUGCCAGAUUAAAUGUAUCAUCUUUUAAAACAAGUCAGCCAUAUGACCUGUCAUACAGUACCUACAACAUAGUAAACUAAAAGCACUGAUUUGACCACAUAUUCCAGUUCACUAUAGUCUUAUAGAGUAUUAAUGCAUUACCUUAAAACAAAAUCCUUAUUUUGGAAAAAAGCUGUAUUGAGUGUGAGCAUUCUGUUCAUUCAAAAGUUUGCUCACUAGUUGGAAGGUGUUUGUGGGUUGGUGGUAGAUAGUGUCAACAAGUGUUGACAAGUUCCCUUUCCUUCUCCUUUUCCCACUCUCUCUACUUUUCCUUCAGUUGAGGGGAGCUGUUCUCCUGUAUCUCACUGGAUGAGAAGAGAAAAGGUGUUGAACAUUAUCUUCUACCUGGCCCACUGAGCCAUUUAACUAGCUCGAAAAUUCCCCCUUCCCUCUCAUCCACACUUACUCCCCUCCCCCCCUCCCUCACCAUCCCUGACCCUUCGUUUCAUGUGGGUCACUCCUAGUUGCUGGUACAGUAGGCUAUGCUUAGCCCUUCCUGGCUUCUUCCGUGUCUAGUAUUUGUGUCGCAACUGGGGAAAAUUGACCCGGGUGCAAAACUUGCCUAAGCUCGGAGUCGCUUGUUGCGUCACAUCUUGUGCUUUGUCAUUUGAACGAUCACAACUAUCCAUUUUAAUAUCUACAUUGUCAGUGAACGGAGGAAUUGUUACUUCUCGAUCAUUAAAGUUGGAUAUCGUGCGUGGUUUCCGUAAGGUUACCGCUUUUAUAAGGUUGGUGGAAUCUUGAGAGGUCAGUCAAUCUGAGCUGCUGCUGGUGCUUCAAUAAGGCUCUUUUUAUUUUUCAGUAUCUUGAGGGAACAAUCCUUAUUGAUGUGCUUCUUAUAGGAAAGCUCUCAGUUACUGACCACAUUACUUGUUUUAUGACCCAAGACAUUCCAGAGAGCAUUUUCGUUGUGGAACACCUUAAUGAGCAACCAAGCGAUCACAUCUCGGGCCUAAUCGUGCUACCGCUGCCAGCAGAUGGCUACCACUGUCGGUGAUUAGCACUUUCUUACAGUUCUUGGUGCUAGCAGAAACGAUGCCUCCUUAGGCUCUCAUGUGGCAAUAAAAAAAAAAUUUUGACAACUGACACAGGUGCAGGUUCUUAAAUUCACAUACCAGUUUAAAAAUACAAAGAAAAAGAGCAUUUUAUGUGUACAGUAACUAAAAGGGUCUGUGCUGGCAUAUUCAUUCUGUAGAGGCUUUUAGGUAGGGCUGGCUAAGUUUGUGGCCAGUCAUUUGUGUUAAAACCUAGGAAGUUCUGCCUCACAAGAUGUUUGUUUGGGUUUAGUUUCCAGGUUUGGCAUAAAUGCGUGGCAGGAGAUGGAGCGUGUAGUAGAUUUGCAGAACACCAGCCACAACAGUACAGUAGCUGUCAAUACAGUCCACAAUUGGUAUGACCAUGUGUUGUAUUUUUUACUACAAUACUACUCAUUAUACAGUACAGUACAUGCUAUACACCAAGAGUUGUGAAUCUUGCUAGAAUGUGCCCCUCUAUGUAAAUACCAAAUUGUGAUAGGCAAAGCACAUGUGUCAAUGCACUUGCAUGUCAAAAGUGUUUGAUUAAACCUCAUAUUCUCUAUAUUGAUUAUUUCUUACCCUAUUUUGAUUAUUUGCCAACAUUAGUCUUGAAGAAGUGCUUUUAUAUGAAAGUCUACCAAAUGUUGUUAAUGAAGUUAGUAUAAAGAAGCAAGAGUUGUGUGUUUUAGUUAGUAAGUUAUAUCUGGGCUGUUGAGGAUGGUAUAUAUCUGGGGAAACUUGAGGUCCUGAAAUAUUGAGAGCCAUUCUGUAUCAACUGGUAUAGUAUAGUGACACAUGUGCAGUUUACACUUAGUCUAUGUGAUGCAGCAGUGUUGUGUGUUUCACAGCAAUAUGGAUUAAGGAUAUGACGGUGACAAACUCCAUUUUCGUGCAGUCUGACCCUCGUGUAAAGGGCGGCUAGCUGUAGUCUCUGAAGAAUUAGAUUAUUACCAGUACAACUUCUCUGCAUAUGUCACUUUACUUUAUUUUAUAUUUUUUUACUGUUGCUUCUAGUUGUCUGCACUUGUCUGUCGAGUCACACAAAACUUUAUCAUUAUUUUCUGUGGGUCAGCUUGCAUCAUCAUCUUUGCUUCUGUAACAUCACUCACACACACAACACAAACACAACCCCACACACACACACACACAAACCAUAUAUAGAUACAGUAAACAUAAAUUUCUGUUAAUUACCCAUAAAAGCAUCCUGGUGACAGUAAGCCUAAGGAAGCUUUUCUCCCUCCCUGGGCUUGGUAGAUGUUUCUUUCCUCCUUCCCUCUAUAAAAUGUCUGGCUUUUGUUCAGAAUUUUGUUUUUCUCUUGUUAAUGAAAAAAAAAAAAAGAUUGAAGAAAAGUUUGUCCUCUUAAAACACUUGGUAGAUAUUGUUUUCCUCUUCCUCUCGAUAUAACUUUUUUUUUAUACAGGUAUUUUUGGUUUUCUUUCUGUUAAUGAAGAAAAAGAAGAUUGAACAUAAGAUUCUCCUCCAAAACACUGUAUCUAUUUCUGGGGAUUUUUACCAUGUAAUUAACUUGCUUGAUCUUAACACAUCUCAGUUUCACAGUUCUGUAUAAAAUGUCUUAAUGUUA